AUGCAGGCCUUCCUCAGUUUUAGCCUACUCUCAGCACUGAUAGCCAGCGGUAUUGCUCUGAAAUGUGAAGUUUGCAUAGGUCAGGGUCACAACUGUUCCGGUAAUAUAAAAGUAUGUCCUCCAGGACAUGAUUUUUGUGGUAUCACUGCAUUCGAGAGUGAAUUGGAAGAACUUCAGGCUCAGGGGAUUGUUAAGAACUGUGUUCCAUCAAGCGUCUGUGAAGGGGGCUCUGCUCAUAUUAAUCUGGGUAAAAAAGGAAGAUCAAGGACCAGUGUUUUUUGCUGUAAGGACGAUGCCUGCAAUACAGAUUUUCCAGUCAAAUUGCCAGAGUUAGAUACCAAGGUGAAUGGUCUUCGGUGCCCGGCCUGCUAUGCUUCAUUUCCUGAUUCUUGUAAGGAUGAUAGUGUUGACUGCGUUGGAUCUGAGUCUCAGUGCAUUGAUUUGGCCGGAUACAUACACUUUGAAGAAACAUCUACAGAAGUUGCCAUGAAGGGCUGCACUACCCAGGCUGUCUGUGAUGCUACCAUUGGAGGUGCGGCAACAUUUAGUCAGGCCAGUUCGGCAAUCACAAGCCUUGAAUGCACCCCAGCCAGCAGCAUGGCCAGCAGCUCUCCUGGACCAAUGGGACUCUUCCUUUUAGUCAUGAUGGGCUUCCUGACACUGCAGCUCAGAUCCUAA